AUGACCGGGCUUUCAUUCACAGCGGGGCUCAUACACAUGCUCUGCGGGACAAGUAGCUUGCUGGAGCCUGACAGAGAGACAAAGUGAGAGAGAGAGAGAGAGAGAGAGAGAGAGAGAGAGAGAGAGAGAGAGAGAGUCAGCAGAGACAGAAGGAGAGAGGAGCGCAGCCACGGGAGGGUUUUUUCCCUUUUCAUGCUUCUCGGAUUAUAAACACUUGAGGACUUAAUAAACAUGCACCUCCUGGGAAUAUCUCUUUUACUGGCAUAUCUUCUCUACACCAACCUCGCCAGUGAUUUCAGCCACAGCGACUCUUCUGAUGACUACGAACCGGAUCAGAUGGACGAGCCGGACUCUUCACCAAAGCCAGACAUAGAGCAGAAGUUGCGUUCAGCCUCCAGUGUCGAUGAACUGAUGAGCCUUAUCUAUCCUUCAUACUGGGCCGCUCUGAAGUGCAGAUCCAAACUUUCUGCUGCUGCCUCUUCAGCCUCUAAGCUCUCUCAGCGGCCACAGCCUCGCAGACUGAGGCCGUUGGCUGACACAGAAGAGCCAACAUUCGCUGCUGCCUACCUCAACUUGGAUCUCCUGAAAAGUAUUGAGUCGGAAUGGAGGAAGACUCAGUGUAUGCCCAGGGAAGUGUGUAUCGACGUGGGCAGGGAGUUUGGGGCUCCCACCAACAUCUUCUAUAAACCGCCCUGUGUGUCCGUCUACAGAUGUGGAGGAUGCUGCCACUCUGAAGAAAAGCAAUGCAGAAAUAUCUCCACUGGUUACCUCAGCAAAACUCUGUUUGAGAUCACAGUGCCAAUAACCCAAGGCACCAAGCCAGUGACCAUCAGUGUGGCAAACCACACCCAGUGCAGCUGUCUGUCCAAACUGGACAUCUACAAACAAGUUCACAGCAUCAUCAGGAGAUCCCUGCCUGAGUGUCCAAUAGCCAACAGGACGUGUUCUCAUGGUCAGUCUUGGAGCAGCAACCAGUGUCGGUGUGUCAGCGUGACCUCCAAUGUGCACCAUAACCCCCCUCCUCCACCACUGCCCCCUCCAAGGCCCUCGCAACAGCACCUUGACAUAUUCUCUGCAGAUGUCUGUGGCCCAGAGAAGCAACUUGAUGUGGAAACCUGUCAGUGUGUGUGUCGGAGCAGGGAUCAACCUCAAGCCUGCGGCCCUAACCGACACCUCGACCCCAACACCUGUCUGUGUGUUUGCAACAUCCUGCCUGCUUCCUCUUGCCCGCAAAACCACGUCUUCAAUAAGGAGACCUGUCAGUGCACAUGUAUCAAGACAUGUCCGAGACACCAGCCCCUCAAUAGAACAAAGUGCUCCUGUGAAUGUAACGAGUCGCCCAACAAGUGUUUCCUAAAAGGAAGGAGGUUUCACCAAGCCACAUGCAGCUGUCUCAGGCCUCCCUGUGAGGUGAGGAGGCGAAGGUGUGAACCAGGUUUCUCCUUCAGCGAGGAAGUGUGUCGCUGUGUACCGUCCCAUUGGAGGCGACUGGACUAACCACCAGCUGAUAUCAAGUUAACAACAUAAAAAACUUGGUCAGACAACAAACUUAACAAGUAUAAAUGAUCACCCAUCCUGCUGCUGGUCACGAGGAUCCCCAUCAGCUGUGAUGGCAGCUAAGUUUGCCGACUCCGAUGAAUGUGGGAAACCUUAGGACUGGAGCAGAUAUGGAAAGCUGUGGUGGUUUGAAGGUUGGAAAUGCACUGACUCAAUUUAUGAGGAGAGCGGCUGGUUGGAGCCCAGAAGAGAAAGACUGAAGAGAGAGUCAACACUCAAAUAAAUGUUUGGGGGGGUUAUUAUUUUGUCUCAGUAUUCUUAAGUCUGAUAUUGAUUAUAUAAUUUAUUAAAUGUUAUUUUUUGUUUCAUUUAUUUUAAUCUUUUUUCCAUGAAAAUACACUGUGAUCAAUAUUUUUGUAUUAUGUAUAGUAUGUGUAAAAUAAAGUAUAAUGG